AUGGACUCGAAGUAUGCUGGUGGAAGUCAGCUUAUGCACUUUUUGACCGAUGAAACCGGUGCCAGGUGCGGCGAUUUCACAUUCAACGAGCACGACUUGGUGCUCACGUGCUCUCGUGAGGUGAACCUGAACGAUCAACCCGCCCAAAUCAUGGUUAGUCAUCCCAAGAUUCCGGGUCUCUCGUGGGUGAUAUUUUUCUACCAAACUGGGCCCAAUCAGUACCAACCACGAAUCGCCUAUGAUUUCCCAAGCUACUUGCGCGGUGACUGUGAAGUCUGCAUUCAGUUUGCUGGUAUGCACUGGAUGGUGAAGCAUAAAUUUGAGGGAAGCUCGUGGUUAACCACUUCCCUAGCACCCAAAGUUAUGAAUGAGCGUUGGGUUACUCUGGGAACAGUGAAAAAGGCUGACGUUCGCAUUAACAUCACUAAGAUUUGGUUUAAGUUUCCCAUAUUUACUGCUUGUUGUCAUCCGAUUAAAACGAAGAGGACAGUUCGUCUGCCGGAUUUCACUAUGCCAGAUCAUUUUGCGGACGUACAGCUCGUACCACAGGAUCCCAACAAUCGAAAACUCUUUGCCCAUCGUCAAGUCCUAGCUAUGAAUUCUCCCUGGUUCUACGAGCGUUUCCGACACGCUGCUAGUCUCAAUUGUGGUGAUAUUGGACCUAUUAUCGCAAUUCCCUUUGAUUUUGAGUGCGUUCACAAUUUCCUUCGUUUCAUUUACCCAAAUACCGAUUUCCAAAUCGGUCCUCUUAAUGUGGAGGGUCUUAUGGACAUGGGAAAGGAGUAUCAGAUACCCUAUAUAAUUCGACAAUGCGAGAAGUUUCUGUACAGGUAUAUGGAGGGUGGAUCGGCAGUUCUGGCCUACUAUCUGGGUCGCAAGCAGGAGCUGCCAGCUCUUCAAGACGCCGCUCUGCUCCACUUAGCCGAGUUGAACUCAUCACAAUUGCGGUCGCGCAUCGCACUUGACAUGAAAGACAAAACUGCUGACACACAGGAGAUUCUUCUCAACGACCUAUGCGUUCGCCUCUCCGGUUAA